CCACACCAGGUAAGAAUGAACGAGGUUAGCGUUCUGGUGAAGGUUUUUCCCUUUGCUUUAAAUAAAGUUGAGCGAACUAGAUGGAUUUCAUGAUUCAAAAUUUUAUUUCAAAGACAAAGCAGAUGGCUUUUUCAGUGCAGAAGAAGAUGGAAAAGUGUGUCACAGUAAUGUCUGUGGCUUCUGUUCUGGUGGUGGCGAUGAUAAUGUGUGCGGCCAUUGGAGUUAUUCCACUCAGCAGAAGCGGGGAAGGAAAUGUGGCAGCCCAAGAAUUGGAAGGCGCCAUUGAGAUUGAGAAUGUGUGUAGGCCUACUCUUUACCCAGAAGCCUGUAGAGUUAGUCUCUCUGCAUACUUAACGAGCUCUACUAAUGGUUUGACUGUACAUGACAAGAAGCAGAUGCUUCCCAUUGCAGUCAUGGUGGCCAAGAAGGAAGCGAACAGGGCUUUUGUCCUGGCUUCUGCUUUCUUCAAGCAAACUCACAACCGCAUUGCUGUUGGGGAUUGUGUGGAGCUUAUCGACAUUACCAAAGAUCAGCUCGGCAGCUCACUCUAUCUGUUAAGACAGUCUGAAAUGAAGGCAGAGCAACUCCGCGAGGCAAAGGCUUUGCUCAGCGCGGCCAUCACUAACAUGGAGACCUGCCAUGACGGAGUUCUAGAGAAGUCUGACGGGAAAUCAGAGGCUGGGCUGCUGAGAAGUGUGGAGAGAGUUAAAAUAUUCGCCAGUAAUUGUCUAGCAAUACUGGUGAACUCUGAAUCCAGUCGGGUGGACAAACUUGCUCUUCCUUCUGAACCCAUCGAGGAGGGAUUUCCUUGGUGGGUUUCUGCAGCAGAUCGGAGGAUAUUGCGAACAUCUCCAAAAGAUGUAAAUGCAGAUGUGGUGGUGGCUGCUGAUGGGUCUGGUCAGUUUAAAACAAUCACGGAAGCCAUUAACGCGGCUCCAGAUAAUAGCAACAAGAGAUACGUGGUCAAGGUGAAAAAUGGCACUUAUGAGGAGUAUGUCGUAGUGGGGACGAAGAAGACGAAUAUACUGAUAAUAGGGGAAGGCAUGAACGGUACAAUUGUGACUGGGAGCAAAAAUGUCAUAGAUGGUUCCACUACUUUCAAUUCUGCCACAUUCGCUGUGGUGGGGAAAGGAUUUAUGGCCCAAGAUAUAGCAUUUGUCAAUACUGCCGGCUCAGUGAAACAACAGGCAGUAGCUCUUCGAGUUGGAUCAGACCAAUCAGUCUUCUACCGUUGCAAGAUCCAAGCAUACCAAGACACACUCUACACACUUUCUCUUCGUCAAUUUUACAGGGAAUGCCUGAUUUCAGGUACUGUGGACUUCAUAUUCGGCAACUCUGCAGUUGUAUUCCAGAGUUGCACUAUGCUUGCAAGAAAACCAGGGCCAAGUCAACAGAAUGCAGUAACUGCACAAGGGAGGACUGAUCCGAAUCAAAACACCGGAAUCUCAAUUCAGAACUGCACCAUCACAGCAGAUUCAGACCUUGUUCCUGUUAAAAGCUCAUUCCCAACAUACCUGGGGAGGCCAUGGAAAGAGUACUCUCGAACUGUUUACAUGCAAUCUUAUUUGGGCGACGUCAUUAAUUCAGCAGGUUGGCUGGCCUGGUCUGCAGACUUUGCGUUAAGUACCUUGUAUUAUGGGGAAUAUAUGAAUAUUGGGCCUGGGGCUGGAACUCAGAACCGUGUGAACUGGGGUGGGUUUCAUGUUAUCAAUAGCUCUCAAGAGGCCAUCAACUUCACAGUAGGUCAAUUUAUACAAGGCAACAGUUGGCUGCCAUCCACUGGUGUUGCAUACAUGGAUGGAUUGAAGGGUUGAGAAGAGAAGCUGCCUUUGACUUAAUUCUCUCUAGAUUAAGUUUUGCAUGUACCCUUUUUGUUCGUGCAAAUGUUAUCACGGUUGUAUGUGACUUGUUUUAUCUUCUAGUCACUCAAAAUCUUUUUCAUAUGUUUUGCAAUAUUGUAGAUGGCCAUAUAACAUCUCAGUCUCAAUGAUUUCUAGCUAGCCACAUUUCAAUGGCCAAACAUGGAUGUGUGUUCACUAUUGUAGUUUGGUUGGAAAGGUAAGAGGAAAUAACAAGUAUGUAGUUCCUCUAAUGGAGGGUUGAGGUCCACCAUUAAAACUGAAAACAACAAAAAUUUGUUGUGUCAUUGGUUGUUGCGGUUAAAGUUUAACAACUGUUUAAAAUUAUCCCCUCCACUAUAGUUC